AUGUAAAUCGAUUACGCAUUUUUGGAAAACUUAAACAAAGGAAUUUAAGUCGAUUUUAACAAGAAGGUCUAUCUCAGAGAUUAAUCAAUCCCUCAUGCUCCCUGCAAGAAUCUCUGCUUAAAUAAAUAAGAACAAAGAUUGGCAUUGAAGAAUGCAUUGAGAUACUUUAACUCAGAUCUUCAUGAGAGAUUAGCACCUGAGUUUUUAUAAGAAUUACUAACAUAUGGACACAUCUACAUGUAUAGAUUGAUUCCAGAUUAUGAGAUGAAAGCCUAUCCAUAUGAUAAAUAUCCUUGCAAGUCUAAAUAAGCUUAAGUUAUCAUGCAUAUGAUUAUGAAUAAUCUCAAUCAUGAAGUAGCUCAGUUUCCACAUGAAUUAAUUACUUAUGGUGGUAAUGGUAGUGUGUUUUAGAAUUGGGCUUAGUAUCACUUAACAAUGAAAUAUCUAAGUGAAAUGACUGAGCAUCAAACUUUAGUAAUGAAUAGUGGUCAUCCAUAAGGAUUGUUUCCUAGUCAUCCUGAUGCUCCAAGAAUUGUUUUGAGUAAUGGUAUGAUGAUUCCUAAUUAUUCUACUUAAUCGCACUAUGAAAAACAUUAUGCAUUGGGUAAUACAAUGUAUGGACAAAUGACAGCAGGAAGCUAUUGUUAUAUAGGAAGUCAAGGUAUUGUGCAUGGAACUACUUUGACUUUAUUGAAUGCAGCCAGGAAAUAUCUAAAAACUGAUUCAUUAAAUGGCGUCGUCUUUGUCUCUUCCGGAUUGGGUGGAAUGAGUGGAGCUUAACCCAAGGCUGGUGAUAUUUUGGGAUGUAUUUCAGUAAUUGCAGAAGUUUCAGAAAAGGCCUUAGAUAAAAGGUUAAAGCAAGGUUGGGUUAAAAAGAAGAUUACAGAUGUUGAAUAAGUCAUUGCAGAAGUCAAGUUGGCUAAAAAAGAAAAGAGAGCAGAAUCGAUUGGAUAUCUAGGCAACAUUGUCUUAUUAUGGGAAAGGUUGGCAUAGGAGGAGAAAAAUUUAGUUGAUUUAGGAUCUGAUCAAACAUCAUUGCAUAAUCCAUUUAAUGGAGGAUAUUAUCCUGUUUAAUUAUCAUUUGAAGAAGCCAACAUAAUGAUGGCUAAGGAUCCAGAAUAAUUUAAGAAGUUAGUUUAUGAAUCCCUUAUAAGAUAAGUAGAUGCAAUUAAUAAAUUGACAAAAAAGGGUAUGCAUUUUUGGGAUUAUGGAAAUCGUUUUUUAUUAGAAAGUAGAAGAGCUGGUGCUAAUGUAAACUCAGAAAAUGAUGAUUAACUUUUCCGUUAUCCUAGUUAUUUUUAGGAUAUUAUGGGAGAUAUCUUCAGUCUUGGUUUUGGGCCUUUCAGAUGGAUAUGUACAAGUGGUCAUUCGGAAGAUCUGAGAUAGACAGAUAAAAUAGCUGAAUCAGUAUUAGUUGAUCUAAUUCCUAAAUCUCCGAAGAUUGUAGCAGAUUAAUUAAAUGAUAAUUUGGAUUGGAUUAGAAAGGCUGAGGAAAAUAAAUUAGUUAUUGGAUCACAAGCAAGAAUACUUUAUGCUGAUACUUAGGCAAGAACUGAAAUUGCACUCAGAUUCAAUGAGGCUGUAAAAAGAGGAGAAAUAUCAGGACCUAUAGUAUUAUCAAGAGAUCAUCAUGAUGUUUCUGGAACUGACAGUCCUUUCAGAGAAACUGCUGAUAUUUAUGAUGGAUCUUAAUUUACAGCAGAUAUGGCAGUACAGAAUGUGAUUGGUGAUUCAUUUAGAGGAGCAACUUGGGUAGCAUUACACAAUGGUGGAGGAGUAGGUUGGGGAGAAGUCAUUAAUGGUGGAUUUGGAUUAGUGUUAGAUGGUUCAGAUGAUGCAUAAAGAAGAGCGAAGAUGAUGUUGUAAUGGGAUGUCAAUAAUGGGGUUGCCAGAAGAUCUUGGUGUGGUAACCAGAAUGCAUAAUUCAAUAUAAAGAGAUAAAUGGAAAUAGAACCACUAUUAAAAGUCACAAUUCCUUAUUAGAGUGAUGUAGUUGAUAAAUUAGAGUUUUGA